AUGCGGAAGGUAGCGUCUGCUGCGUCGUAUCUGGAUGGCGGCGCGGCCAAUCCAAUGCAGAAAGCAGCUAUUCCCAUGCUAGCGGAUAUGGACUGGAUCAGAGCGGACAUCAAAUCACUGCAGGCGCAUUUCAAGAUGAAACGCGACAUCUUUCUGGAGGGUAUAUUAAAACUAGGGAUUACCGUGGACUUCAUACCGGAGGGCACCUUCUACGUAUGGGGCAACAUCGCAAAGCUACCCAAGCCCCUCAAUGACGGGAUCACAUUCUUUGAGGAAAUGCUUAAGGAGAAGCUGAUUUGCGUAAGUGGUGUGAGUUUUGACCUGAACCCUGGGUCUCGGCGACACUUCUCGAUGUCGCCGUACGCCAACUACGUGCGGUUCUCCUAUGGGCCUGAGCUGAAGAAUCUGCAAAUGGGACUCAAGGCCAUUGAACGGGUAGUCAACAAAUUCGCAGCAAUCAACAGACAAGAGGGCGAUACAGAUUGA